AUGUCUUCUUCCGCACAACUUCCCGAUACUAAUAAUAGUACCGUACAUCUCUCUCGUCCGACACCCCAAACAAGAACACUAACGAAAACAAUACAACCUCAAAUAUUAAUCUGGAAAUUUCCAUCUCGCACUCUUCUCCAAACACCUUUUUCACCUACACUAACACUAAUUGGUAUGUCACGAGCAGCAGAUGAAACAGCAUUCUAUAUUCCCGAACUUGGAUUCAUGUUUGAUUGUGGGUUGAAAGUACACACAGCAGUUCCCACUCACAUUUUCAUCACACAUACACACAGUGACCAUUGUCUCAUGUUGACUCAACAUGUGUCUAAGCAUCAUCCACCUAAUAUUUAUUUACCGAAUGAAUGCGUGGAGUUAGUGGAACGAUAUUUGAAUGCUUCUCAGGAGUUGACAGAUUAUGGAGAGGAAUAUAAUGCGAGAAUAAGAUUUUAUUGUGCUGGUGUUGAAAAAGGUGAUGUUUUAACGAUCGGAGGUGAUCAGAAAGAGAAGACUCAUGUUGGUGGAUAUGAGAUACAUGUUAUAAACAUGGAUCAUAGUGUGCCUUGUGUUGGUUAUAUGAUUUAUUCUAAAAGAAAAAGAUUAAAACCAGAAUAUAAAGAUUUAACCGGGCAAGAAAUUGCCGCGUUAAAAAAAUCAGACAAAUCAUUAAACGUUAUGCAAGAUUUUCUUUUUCCUUUAUUCACAUUUUGUGGAGACACAACCGCAAAAAUCUUCAAACUUCCAAAUCCGAAUAAUAUCGAUAUCGAGAAUUCGAAUGUUUUAAAUGAUACCGACAGAAGUCAAAACCACCAAUGGAACAAUAUGCCUUUUGUAAUAACCGAAUGCACAUUUCUUAAAGACGAACAUAUCGAGAAUGCAGAACGUACGAAACACACUCGUUGGCAAGAACUACAAAAUGUUGUGAAAUUAUACCCAGCCACUGUAUUUAUUCUUAUACAUUUCUCAAAGAGAUACUCGGACGAUUAUAUUCAACGAUUUUUUGAGCAGGAAAAAGUAGAAUGGAAGGAAAGAGGUGAUGGGAAUUUGGAAAAUAUUGUUGUAUGGAUAUGA